CCGCCCCCCAACGCACACGCGCGCGCACGCACGCACGCACGCACGAGUCCCUCCUUCCGCAUUAUCACUUCCCCGUCGCCCGCCCCCGCGCGCGCGCCAAUUAUCCCGGCCCAUGCAGGACCAGAGUUUACCCGAGCCCUGACUCUCCUCUCGAGCACGCGCCCAAAGAAGCGCUCGUUCGUGCGUGCCAUCUAUCAUCCCAUCCAUGGCGCUGGCGCCUCUGCCGUGAGCAGCAGGGACGACGACGACACCACAUCAAAAGAAAGCGUCGCCCUCCUUUUUAUAGCGCGAGCGCUUUGUUUAGCCUCCGAUUCUCAAGUUUUAAUCCCAACAUCGUGCUUCCCUCCGUUCCGGCCUCUCUCCGCGCGCGUAAUUCAUCCCUCCUCACCGGGGGCGCCCUUGGUGUGCAUGGGCGCCGCGGCGCCAUGACGACCACAGCUGCUGCCAUGAACGUGGCUGUCACGCAGCUAUGUGGCCGGGGUCGCCGGCGCAGGCCGGCCGCGCUGCGCCACGAUCACCGGUGGGCGCGCCUGCUCCGCCUCGCCGUCGCCACCAGGGCCGUGCGCCUUGUCUGGGACCAGCUGCUCGCCUGCUCCUCCUGCGGCGGGGGCGGCGGCGCCCGCUACCGCCGGCUCGGCCCGCCGCACGGACCGGACGUGCUGCCCCCCCUCGCCAUGGACGACGACGCCGGCGCCCACGCCCACACCGACGCCGACGACGACGCGGCAGAUGUCGAGGACGUGGUCGGCCUCAAGGUCAGCCUGCUCGGGGAUUGCCAGAUCGGCAAGACCAGCUUCAUGGUUAAGUAUGUUGGGGAUGGGGAGGAGCCGAACGGGGGCUUGCAGAUGACGGGCCUGAAUCUGAUGGACAAGACGCUGGCUGUUCGGGGCGCCAGGCUCGCCUUCAACAUCUGGGAUGUGGCAGGAGACAGCCAGUCCGCCGACCACGUCCCGAUCGCGUGCAAGGACGCCGUGGCGAUCUUGUUCAUGUUCGAUCUUACCAGCCGGUGCACGCUCAAUAAUGUUACCGAUUGGUACGAGAGGGCCAGGAAAUGGAAUAAGACGGCUAUUCCAAUCCUAAUAGGAACGAAGUUUGACGACUUCGCUCAGCUUCCUCUUGAGAUGCAAUGGACCAUUGUCGAUGAGUGUUUGACCAUCAUGCUACUCCCUCACCUGGCCUAGGCUUCAAAUUAUAAGAGCGAGGCCAUGGUGACUCCCGACGGGCGGCUGCUGCGGAGGUGACCCAGCCCCAGCGAGGCGCUGGCUGUGGAGGUGAACUGCCGCGACUCGAGGCAAAGGAGAUCCAGCGAGGCAAGCGGGGCCUGCAGCGGCAACGUCGGCUCAGGGGCCGGUUCAUAGCCAGAAAACUCAGCGGCGAACGGCAGAGCAGCUCAGCCAGGGCGGCUCAAAGUGGAUGUAACCCAGAAACAGGGUCACGCACGGAACAGCCCACCGGCAAGGCCGGCAAGCUGACAGACCAAGUUGGAGCGUGGUGGCGACUAUCCUGCUGUAAACUUUUAAUAGGCCGCGACGACGACUUGGUUGCAGUAAAGACAACGGCUCAACCAGCAGAGGUGCGUACGGCGCAGUGAGGUGGCUUGGCGUGGUCAGGGCAACUCAAUGCAGCGGAGACACAGUCGCAACGGCCUGGCGGGUCCGAGGCAGAGUAGGCCGAGGCGGCUCUCGACAGAAUCGAGCAGCGGCUCACGGAGAAUCGCGGAGGCAAACAGCGGCUCGCAGCAGAAACUGUGUGAGACCGGCCACUGUGGAACAGGCCGCCUCGGGGCGAGGCAGUUUGACCACGGCGGCUUAGUGCGUCACUGCGGCGGAAACGCACUGGCCAGCAGGGCGAGGCCACGGCAGCGGCGCGAUGCGGCGAGUCACGAUGGGGGCGGGUGUGCUCGCAAGUAGCGGAGCUCGGGCGCGGUGAAGUGGUUUUGCAGCCCGCGGCCAGCAGGCGCGUCAGGAGGAGCAUGGAGGCGACGCAGACGUCGUAGAGAGGACGGCGAGGGGGUCCGCGGCAGCGUGGAUGCGCAGGAUCCGUGGCGGCGCGUGGAACGCGGCAAGGCGGCUCAGUGGAGGCUGCAGGUUGAGGCCGUGCGGCCACGGCGGCUCACGGCCGGCCCAACGGAGAUCGGUGAAGGCGAGACCGGCUCGUGGGCUGUUUCCCUUUUUCUUUUUUUCUUUUUUUUGACUGCUGGAGACAUCGUGACAGUCGCAUGUGACCCGACGCCGUAGCCUUUUGCCUUGUAGUUUUGGAAACCGGAGAUCGAUCCGAUCUUGCAUCGAUUAAUCAUGCGAAAGAAAAUUCCUCCUUCGAUUUUCACUA